AUGGAUGAAUCAACAGACUCUCAAGCUCCUCAGCCGAACAGGCCUGCAGCGCAGCGUCCAAGGCGACCAAGAGCUGCACGCGCGUGCGAUCUCUGUCGGUCCAAGAAGUACAAGUGCGAUGAAUCUUAUCCCUGUUCAUAUUGCCAAAGCCGCAAUGUUGAAUGCGUGUACAAAGGCCAGGACAUGUCGCGUAUGCGCAUGACAUCAAGCUAUGUAAGACAAUUGGAAGAGCAGGUCAAAAGCCUCUCUAGCAUUGUAGAGAAUUAUGAGAAGGCAGCGACCGAUGGACCAAGCAACAGUCCCGACGGGAUAGCGAUGAAUGCUUCUUCGUUACCCAUAGCUCAGCAUCCCUCGAUAAUGGAGGCCUUUCCUACGCCGAAUAGUAUUUCGUCAUGGCAUACCAGAGAACAAGAGGUCUCUGGCAUGAACACUCACACAAGAGAUGUCGAGUUCUACGGUAGUUCUUCAUCCGUUGCUCUUCUGUCUCAUGUUCGGCGAACUGGAGAGGAGGACAACGAUGACGAUGAUGCGGGCGCACUUCUCUCCUCGUUGCAUAAUCCCCACUUUGAUCCAAGUGAAUCACAAGAUACCCAGCGAGGGAGAAAGGGUACUGAAGAGUCUGAUCAGUCACCAUGGUAUCUACAAUGCCGCAGCUUCAUAGACGGCUUCUUCUCCGCGAUCCACUACAUACACCCGAUCCUAGACAAGACUUCGUUCGUGCAUCGCUGCGAAUACUUGUGGGCGGGUGAAGGACCGGAGAAUAAGAGGAUUACAAGUUUUGUUGCCUUAUACUACAGCAUCUUAUCCAUUGGCGCAUUGGUUGGAACGAGAGAGGAUGAGCUUAUCGAUGGAAUGACGAAUCUGGCCUGGAGCCGGAAGUUCUUUGAUCGAGCUAAGGAUUGUUGUAAUAGGCUGGGCAUGGUGACUGACCUAGACAUGGUCCAGUGCUAUUUUAUUCUGGCCAAAGUCUGCCAGAACGAACUGCAUCCACACUUAUCAUAUAUGUACGUCGGCCUUGCCAUAAGAACCGCUUUGGCAAUGGGCAUAAAUCGCGAGCCCGGGCCCAAUAGUAAGAAACCGCCAGCUGUACUGAGAGCAGAGACACGGACAUGGUGGGGACUAUACUCCUUAGAAACUGAAAUGUCUUUCGCCAUGGGCAGACCAGAUACUUUAGGAGCAGAUCUGUACCAUAACCGACGAUUCCCCCGUAUAAGUAACGGCGAGAACGAAACAGGGAUGGAUUCUGAGAUGUCCGAACAUCCUUGUUGCGCCAUCAUCGAGCACAUGGUGCAUUUCUCCAAGAUCACAAGAAACAUCUGCCUUAGUAUUUACCUGCCUGAAACGACGAUACCGAUGAUGGUAGCAAUGGCUGGCCAAAUCGAGAGGGACCUGGAGGCGUGGACACAAAAGCUUCCGGAGGCUAUACGGCCGAUGGGAUCACCGACUCAGGUACCGUCUUUGAGAGGGGUCAGGGAUGUCCAGUGGGUGAAGCGGCAGCGGCUUGUGUUGAACUUGAGAUAUCACAAUCUCAGGAUCCUGCUUUUUGGGUCUUUUCUCCUGAGGUCAACGGCACAGGAGAGGGCGACUAUGAGUGACACAAAAACCGGCAUUCAAAAGUGCCUUGAAUCCGCAAAGCAAACGAUUGAAACCAUAUAUCAAACGUAUCAGCACAGUGACUUCUUCCGAACAUGGUUCUACAACACGACAUACACUGUUUUCGCUGCCAGCAUCAUACUGGUGUACAUGACGCAAGACGCAGUCGAGAGCGAGAUGCAACCUUUACUUCGCCUAGUCGACAUGGCGAUCGAGAUACUUAUGAUCAUGGAUGAAUGCGUUGUUGCGCUACAAGCAGCUAAGCUAUUACAAGGAGCGAGAGAAAAGGCCACACAGAAGUCGUCUCAAGUUGCGGUAGCUGCAAAUCCAGGGACGUCUUGGCCUGAUGGGAUGGUGUACUUGAAUCACUACUGGGGACCACUGAAUCUACUCGACGGAGAGUUGGAUCAGAACCUCGAUAUGUCGUCGAUAGACUUUGACGCUGCGAGCUUGUUUAUGUCGAUGCCUCAUUAG